AUGAAUGUAACAUCGACUGUAAAAAAUGAAUGGAUGAAUGAGAUUGAAUUUGGGAAUAUAGGUGCAGUUUUAUUUAUGACGACUUAUAUUGGUAUUUAUGGACUUGGAAUAAUAUGUUUUUUUGGUCAACAAUUAAAAGAAACUCAACAACAACGUUUAGAAUUACCAGCAUAUUUUUUAAAAACACUUUGGGAUGUUCCAAGUAAAAUCAAACUUUAUGAAGAAUUAGCAGAUAUGGAACGUUUAAGACAUAUAUAUAAUUGUUAUUUUACUGAUCAUGAAUCAUAUAUGACAAUUAAUAAUGAAGAACGUCAUGCUAUUGUUGAAGAACGUGCAUAUGAAUGUGCAACAAGAUAUCGAGAAAAAUUACGACGUCUUCAUUUAUCACAUACAGAUUAUAAUUUAGAUACAGUUAAACGUUCAUCUGAUGGUGGAAGUGAUGUUCAAGAACAAAUUUCAAAACUUUUAAUUUUACCACAUAAAACUAUGAAAACAUUAAGUAUUGAUUAUUCAAGUCGAAUUGAUGAUGAUUAUGAUCAUCAUAUAAUGGCAGUAUCAGUUGUUUAA